GGGAGUGAAAACUUGAAGAAAACAAUGUGAAAUUAAUGUAAUUUUAAUUGUUACAAUGAAUGGAAUUUCCGUAAUGAGUUAAUAAUACAACCACCGAGAUGUUCACUAAAAAAUCUCACCAGGAUCUCAAAAAAUCAACUGUUAAAAUACAGGACUCCAAAAAAGAUUCUGCGACACGACUCAAACAUUUAAAAAUUAUUUUAGAACAUUUUGAUUCAGAUGAAGCUAAAACAUAUUUUGAAAACAACUUUAGUCAUGUUUACUUCAUAUUGUAUGAUAAUUUUAUACAAGCCGAAAAUAACCUGCGUCAAAAAGAACUUCCGUUUCAUCUAGUUCACAAGGCUGGUAAAGAAGAAUUAGAAGCAGCUCUGCUACUGCUGGAAAAAGUACUUUGUCUCUUACCAGAAUUGCUUGGGAAAAGAUGGCAGUUACACUCAUUAACAAGGAUAUUCUCGAAAUUGCUGCACAGUGCAAAUUCACAAAAAUUAAGGGCAGAAGCAAUAAAAUUUUUUCUCCUUUGGUAUCAAGCGCUAGGCGACAAUGCUCCCUUCGAGGUCCACAAAAUGUUCGCGCUACUCAUACCUGGUAUGCCAGAUCCUGGCAAUGUGACCAGGCCAUCACCGCUAAAUCCAAAACCAUUUGAUAUAACAACCAAUCCACACGAAACAGGCGAUUUUAGUAUGGAAGACAUUAUGCAACAUCCCAAUUUCUCAACUGUAAUUGACAACGCCAAGAAAGUCGUCGUGGAACAGACCUCGUCAGGAAUAAUGGGAAAGAUUGCUAAUGUAUCCGCAUCCAUCUUCCACGACACGAAUGCACUGAACCCCGUACAAAGCGUCGAGAUACAACCUCUCCUGCCACCGAGUGCGAAUGAAAAAUCUGUUGAUAAUGAAACCAAGUAUUUUUUUGAGAUACUUCUCGAUGGAAUGGCGACGUCCGUGACGAAAUUGCAAUGGAGAGAUAGAUCGCACGCCAAGGCAAUGAGAUGCUUCGCGUUUUUACUUGAAAAAUUUAAGCAGUAUUAUUUGCCCGUAAUUUGUCCACAGUUUAAUCACAAGAAUUCUUUGUAUAAACCUAACUUAGAUUUGCCAGUACAGCACAACAUACUAGAAGAUGAUUUUGUCUUAUGCCGAGUAACUCUUAUCAAGUGGGUCGCCAACUACGCGCAUUUCAUGAAGAAACAGGGUAGUGAUGGCGGACAACCUUCGUCUAUGACCAGUAUCGGGUCUCAUCUUCCGCAUUCGAACACUCCCACCCCAGCCACGUCUCUCCAUCACGAAGAAGAGACAUCCUUCACUGUAGGACACCCAUCGGACUCCAGUCGCGCAUCUUCGCACGACUCCGCAUCUAAUACACCACAUCCAAGUUUGGAAUCAGGAUCAGGAGUCUACGAAGAGCUAAGUUCAGAGCAAGUAGUACGUGACGUGCUGUGUUGCUCCUCGCGGGAACACGUAGACUUCACUAUAGAAGUCUUACGUCAAGCGUUUCUAUUGCCUUUCUCGCACGCUGCAGCCAUCCGCCGCGUCAUAGCUCUGUACAAAGAUUGGAUACAAAUGAAUGUAUCAGAAAUCCCACCGUUCUUAAUGGAGAGCACGUACGAGCAGCAGCUGGCGCAGGGCGAGCCCGCGGUGCCGCCCAGGCGACUGCGGAACGACUCCUACCUCGGGGCUCUCGGACGAGACAACGUCAUGGUUCGGGCUGGCAUGCAGAACGUGCUGCAAGUGUUCAUGACGCAAGCCGCGCACGUGUUCGUUGGGAGCGGCUGGACCGUGCUGCCGGCGGGCGCGGCCUCCCCGCAGCAGCUGCUGGACGAGCAGACCGACACGUGCAAGCGCGUGCUCAACAUAUACCGCUACAUGGUCAUGCACGUCGCCAUGGACUAUAACACUUGGGAACAGCUCUUAUUGGUGUUACUACAGAUCACAUCAUUGGUACUCACUAAAAUUCCUCCAAAGAAAAAACAAGAAACAUUAGGUGGUAAUCUAGCGCCCGCAUUGUUUCAAACGUUGAUAGUGACAUGGAUAAAAGCGAACCUGAAUGUGGCCGUCAAAUCUGAAUUGUGGCAGAACUUUAUGGAACUGCUCAUGCGCCUGACGCAUUGGGAAGAUCUGAUCAAAGAAUGGGCUAAAACGAUGGAGACUCUGACACGUGUCCUGGCCCGGCACGUGUACUCGCUGGACCUGUCGGAGACGAGCGGGGGCAGCGCGCGGGGGGGCCGGCGUCCGCCCGCCGCGCCCGCCGUCCUGCCGCGCCCCCCCGCCCUGCAUCACGCCGUAUCCAUCGUCUCUAACACCGACACUAGGACGCCCGGUAAAUCUCCCAAAGUGAACCACGAAACUCAUCCCCGUAAAGAGACCGCCACUCGCCGACAGCUCACACGGUGCAGGAGCGAUCCGCAUCUCAGUAAACAAGCCCGCGUUGAAGAAGUAAUCAUAGUACCUACUCACAGAAAACCAAGAAGAUGGUACUCGCUCGAUUCCCUAAGAAACUCGCUAUCGCAAAACGAGGAACGCGACUCGGCAAGUGGUUCUAGAUCACCAUCUCCAGCGCCAUCUAGCGGCGUCGAAAGUAGUUCUAUAAAGGACUCACCACUGCAAAUCGAUUUAGUCUCCGAUGGUGCGAAUGUCUCGGAGUGGGGCAGCGGCGAUGCGGAGACGGGUGGCGGCGCGUGCGGCGUGGUGCUGGGCGGGCGGGCGCGCGGCUGGCUGCCCGACGUGGCGGCCGUCAUGUGGCGCCGCAUGCUGGCCGCGCUCGGCGACCCCAACCUGCUGCGGGACCCCGCGCACCACGCGCACUUCUUCAACUACCUCAUACAUCUCAACUCUACCCUCCUCAAGAUCAGCGCAAACCAAACUCUAAAUGGCAACACCGAAAUUCAUGUACCUUUCAACUUGGUGGCGGGAUGGUGUCUCGAGGCGGAAGCAUUGCCUCCUACACACCGAGCCGGAAAACUGCUCGCUCUACGGUUGCUGUGCGAGUCCACACAGGCUCAGGGGCCGGGCGCGCCUUCCUCCUGCAACAACCAACUGCACCUCGCGCACUUGCAUCUCUACCAGCGAGCUUUACAUCACGGUUUGACGGGCGAGGAUCGGUCCGUAGUGGACGUACUGGUGGAGCACGCAGCGCCGAGGUACUUGUCGCUAGCCCUCGACGGGUACUCACUGCUCCUACUAGACUUCGUGCACGCAUCGACUGUCGUACUGAACUCGUCCGAUAUGGGACCAUCGUGUCCUCGCACAGCCGCCGUAACGUUCCUAGGAUCUUUGCUGUCAUUACCCGAUGGAUUGAUGAAUGCCCCCAUGCUGCAACCAUAUCCUCAUCAGUACAAUACUGUUUCUUGUCCGGAUCUCAAGGAACACGUGUUGAAUAUAGUGGUGCGCGUGUGUCGCCGGGAAGGUGCGGGCGCGGCGCGUUGUGCGGGCGCGUGCGCGCUCACUGCGCACGUCACGCAGAUGCUCGCCACACGGACCGCGUGUCCCAGGCUACCCUCCUACGUCACGUGUUUGCUGCAGAUGCUCAUGAUGAAAAACAAAAACAUUGCCAAAGUCGUCAGCGAUUGCAUAUUAGUGCUUGCCGAUUACACUGAUCGUAUUGUAGAGAUGUACCCAGGACUAGCUGGAAAAAUAAUUCGAUGGAUCUGCGCAUGCUUGGCCCAACUUUCGACCAGCUGCCAUCGUGACACCGUCAAACCACUGGCCGGGUCACUGCUGCUGUGCUUGGCUGAGUUUGCGGUGCGUUGCGGACCUCAGUACUUAAUGGAAGAGAAGGAUGGAGAACAAACACUUUUGCUGUUGAUUUUUAAGGUGUUGUACGCGGUUAUGAAAGGAGCGAACGGAUCCGACAUUGAAGGCCUAAGUCUGCCGGUGGAUGACGACUUCGACCCAACUAUACAGUUGGACAAUCUCGGGCCUAAAACGAUUCCGGCAUCAACGAUCGACGUCAAGCUUUGGGCUCAAACGAUAUGCACUCAGCUGGUACUGUACCUCGGGCACUGGCCUCUCUGGAGCGGAUGCCAACUGUCCUGUCGUGUUUCCGAGCAACACGACAGUCCGUCCCUGGGCGAGGAGCUGGGCCCCGCCGUGCUGACCGCGCCCAACAUACAGCUGAUGCGGUUCAGCGAUUCGACUCUGGCCUCGCUCAUUGAGCUGCCGGCCCUCGACCUGCCCGCCAGAGCCGGGACUACACCAGGUCUGACGACGUCGGAGCGUCAGGUGCGCGUGCUGCUGCGCGACAUCGGCGGCAAGGCGUGCUGGGACGCGUCCGCGCUGUACUUCGACCCGUCGGGAGGACAGCUCGAAGCGCCCGAACCGCUACCCCUACCCGAAAGCAACGAAUGUCCAAGAGAAAAUACACUCUCGUCCUUACCGCCCCCUCUGCCCCCGGACCUACUACCCGACUACAAAAACUGCCCACCGGACAAACACCAACUGGAUCAUGUGCUGGCCUAUAUCGGUCGAACGUCGCCCGAAGUGGUGUGCGGUAGGAGACUAGACGAGGCAGGUCCGUCGCCGCUGCCGCCGGGCGCUGAGGACGAGCUAGUGGCGGCGCUGGUGGCGCAUCGGAACCAAGAGCGGGCGUACCUCGCUAACAAAGACAAUGAUGAAGAGGUGGAGCUGGUCGAGACGACAGCGGAGCCGGCCCCGGGCCCGUUCUCGCAGUGCAGGCUGUUCCUCGCGCAGCUGGGCACGCUCGCGCCCGCCAGGCGGAGCCACGCGUACCUGCUGCGUCGCACCGACCGACUGCUACGGGAGCUCAGGAACCUCGACGCGCAGAGAUGUCGUGAGACGCACAAAGUGGCGGUCAUAUACGUUGGAAAGGGACAAGAGACACGGAACGAAAUACUGUCGAACCGAUGCGGCAGUCCUGCUUAUGAAGCCUUUUUGGCUGCACUCGCCUGGGAGGUGGAGCUGGAGAGUCACGUGGGGUUCACCGGGGGGCUGCGGGGCGGCGGGGCGGGGGUCAGCGCGCCGUACGCCGCCACGCUCACGUUCGAGGCGCUGUUCCAUGUCGCCACGCGCAUGCCCGCCGACACACCCGACGCCAUACUCAACAAGACUCGCCACUUGGGAAACGACGAAGUUCAUGUCGUAUGGAGCGAGCAUUGGCGUCCAUACAAACGGGAUACCCUGCCGACCCAGUUCUGUGACGUACUUAUUGUGCUGUAUCCACUACCCGGUGGGCUGCUGCGAUGUACUAUCACGAGGAAGCCUGAUGUGGGCGCGUUCGGUCCGGUGUGGGAGGAGAGCGUGGUGGGCGUGGCGGGGGGCGCCGCGCUGGUGCGGGGCGCGGUGACGGCGGGCGGGCGCGCCGUGCGGGCCACCAUGCCGCUGUACCAGCACGCGUACACGGAGCGGGCGCGCUGCCUCGACGCGCUCACGCACCACCACACGCUGCACACCUCCUACGAACGGUUCGUCGAGCGCGUGCGCGACCCGCUCCCCGCGCCCCUCUCGCCGCACGAAACCGGUAGCGGUCGUUUAGCAGCCGCUUUGCUGGACGCCGGCGCGAGCGCGUGGAGCGGCAGCUCGGAGUCGCACAGCGUGUCGCCGCGGCCCGCCAAGCGCCUGGGACCGUUCAAGCGGCUACCGCAGGCGUCGGGCGGGCCCCACACCGCGCCCCCCCUCUCCGACCCCGCGCACCCGGCGCCCCCCGCCCGCAGGAACCGGUGAACUCUACCCGCACACUGGCUUUAAUGUAAGCCUGCUUUAUAUUCAUCGAUACGGUACAAGACCACGGACACGGGAAUGUAUCGAGCGAUCACAUCGACGAACACGUUUCCACUGAUUGAUAAAUUAUCGUGUCGGUCAAUGAAAGUGCGUUUUAACUCGAGCUGUAUGGUCCGAUUUUAGACCCUUCAUCGAUGACGCUAUCCGAAAGUAACGAAAUCAUUUAUUAAGUAAGCAAAUAUUGAUUGCCUCGUUGAUAUAGUGGUUAGUGAACCUGAUAACCCAGGGAUCCAGGUCCAUUUCCAGUUCGGUUUCAGUACCUAUGUUGAAAAU